ACCUGAUCGUAUUCUCGGAAAUGGGGGAGAUCCCGACCCUUCCAAGGCAGAAAUGAAGGCGCGAUUCGUCAACGCUAAACUUUCGGAUGACCCGACGUACCCGAUGGACCCAAUGUACUGUGCAUUCUCGAAGGAAAAGUCGAAGACGUGCGCUGAGUUCGGGCUCAGUAGCUACGACGCGAAUCCCAUUAUGUACGAGCGUGACCAGUACUGGAACAAGAGUGCUACGAUUCCGAGUCAAGCCAGCGUGUUACUUCUUAGUGGGAAACUAGACCCCCAGACGCACCACAAGUACGCGGACGGCCUUAUUAAAGCAUUGAAGGGCGACAAUAAGGAGCUGAUCUCGUUCGACUACGCUCCUCGCGGCAUCACUUCGUCCACACAUUUGGUGGCGGGUGAUCCGAGCAGUGUAACGUGCGGGACGAAGCUGCUCCUGUCGUACGUGCAAAGUGGCGGCAAUCUGAAGAAAAUGGACAAGUCUUGUGUCGCUGAGAUGCCAAUUUUCGACCUCACGAUUCCUCCCGGACACCUGCGAGUGGUGACGUAG